GCAGCCCGCGCUCAGUCCGCGCCCCUCCGCCGCAGGGGGAGUACGUUUUGCUAGGUGGGUCUGCGCUCGCCAAAUGUGACAACGGACAAAACCGCUAUUUAACAUUGGUUCACGUGCCACAUCUUCGAAAAGUUCCUCACGAUGCAGGAUACCGAACCGGACGUAUCUUUGAUCGAGGACGAAGUGGAUCCGUUUGAAAACAGCAUCGCCGAAAAGAUGCAAAUGGCGCGAAAUGUGGUUAAACAUUGCGAAAGAAUGCACAAUGGAAAUAUAAAACAGUCUAGUGAAAUCAAAAGUAUCAUUAAUUACACCGGAGUGUGCGAAGAUACUAUAAUAAUGGCCGAUAUGUCGCUACGAGCGGCGAAGACGUUCACGGAUUGGUUUCAAUAUAAAAAAAGGACAAAGUUGAACGAGUAUUGCUUUAUGCUCGGCAGUAUUCGAGGUAUGAUAGUUGAGCUGUACACGAAAAAAAUGCAAGUGGCAACCAAAGAUAAAUUGAUGAAAGGCUUGUUUACGAAACGCUGCGUUAGAAAGCGAUACGACCAGUCCAGAGUGAUAAAUGACAUUCUCCAACAUGGAUUCAUGUGGAAACGGGUUCCGGGCACUAAAAAAACCAUGCUGGUUGAACGGACCGACCAGUAUUUAAAGAAAAUGGAAUACCUAACUCGCAUGAGGGCGUACAGGCAAGCCGGGAGGUCCAUAGUUUACGUGAAUGCGUUCUUCUAUUACUACCAGCUGGUGGUAUCGCCACAGCACGGAUUGCUCCACAUGGGCUUGCACGGACUGCUCCACAUGGGCUUCCACGGCCUCCAGAAGGAGAGUAGUAAAUAUCUCGAGGCUUGGACAAAAAAUGUACUCAUAGCCGCAAUACCACCCAACUCCGUUAUAGUAUUAAAGUUCGAGCCACAACUUGAGAAGGUGUCACCAACGCCCUUCACGCCCAAAUAUGAUAUGAUUAGAUGGCUUUCAGAGCGCAACAUUCCUUACGAUCCGACCGUUCACAGAGCCGAUUUGUACGCUAUCAUAAAGAAAUUUAAACAACCAAGAGAUGUCAGCGCCAUGGAAGAAAUUUUACGAAGUCAUGGUCAUGACGUGGUGUACCGACCGCACGAACUGAAGAAUCUUGAUUACUUAGAGGUGAUGUGGCCUGGAAUUCCGGUGUAUCGAUGCAAGACAGACACGAUCGUCAAACUGAGAGAGAAAAACGCUAGAAGAUUGGCAGAAGUUCGAGGACAUAUUGAUAAAUAGAGAGGAGGCUAUGUACCAAGAAGAGAUAUUAAUGGAAGCUGUGAUCGACAAGAUAUUGACAUUGAGUAAGUAUGGUCAAUUAACUGCUGAGGAUAUGGAUGAAUUUGAUGUGUUUUUACCCGAUGAAGACUAUUGCUCUAGUAUAAUUCUUGAUUAAAACCUUGUCACAAUUAGUA